AUCCGCCUUACACACCCCUCCACUUAGACACACACACCUACUCCCACCACACCCCCACACUGUACCCCCACACACACACUCUAGCCCGACCGAACUGCCAGUUAGUCAGACCUCUGCUUACUCAUCCGACCCAUCACUGAGUGUCGUUCAUGGCUCCUCCCUCUCCCUCUCCCUCUCCCUCCCCCUCUCUCUGUCUCUGUCUUUGUCUCUGUCCAUCCGGUUGAUCAUCUCAUAUCGGUCAUACGGCCCCGGACGCCUGCUGCCCUCACUGGUGUGGGGGUCGUCUCGCCGCCGCAUGGGGCCGUACCCUGGCGGCGACUCGGGGCUGUCCUUGUCUCUGUCUUUAGGGAGGGGGUGCGGGGUGAGGGGCUCCUUGUCGUUGACAGUCGAGGGGCGAUGUGGGCGUGGAGGCGACUCGUGCUGCUGCUGGGCAGACUCACCAGGCCUGAAACCGUACACACACAGAGGACACACAGACAGAGAGACGGAGAGAGAGGGCUGGGUGGGUGGGUGGGGGAGAGUGGAAGGUCGUGUGUGUGUGUGUUUACAUUGUGUGCUGCAGCAGGUGAGGGAGUGCCUCGUAUAGGUCGUCUGGCGGCGAUAUGAUGGGCCGCACGCGACGCAUCUGACGUCGAAGUACCUGCACAACAGAACCCGGGAUUCUUCCCUCUCCCUCUCCCUCUCUCUCUCUCUGUGGAAGGCAGUUGAGCACCUCACCUCUCGCUGUUCGACUGGCAGCCAGUAGAGUGGGUAUGGACACGGCUUGGUCUUCUUGAACAAACGAGACAUUCGAUCUGAUAGACAGUGAGUGACACACGUACAAACACACACAUACACAGAAAUAUGGAUGGAUGGAUGGGUGGGCGGAGGCCUGCAGGCCUGCCUCACUGACCGAGAGCUUCCACCGUCUUGUUUGCUUGCGGCACCGCACCCCCAUUGCCUAAACGAACCGAACCAACACACAUCCAUACACACACGCACACACGCAAUGAGUGAAUGACACACAGACAGACAGACAGACCCACCCGCUUUAGAGAAGGGCACCGGCAUGCCGUCCGGAGUGCGGCCGGGGGGCAGAGGAGAGCUGCCAUCCAUCCAUACAUAAAUACAUACACACACACACACACAGAGAGAGAGAGAUAUAGAGAGAGAGAAUGUUGUUGCACCCGACCAUGCACCCGUUCAUCCGUGCGCACAUAUGCUUUUGCCCUGCUGGGUGUGAGGCCGAGAAGGGCAAAGGGCUCCUGGACGGAUGAGCACCUACACCUAGACACACACACACACAUGCAUGCAUGCGCCCAUGAGAGUGCGGGUGUGUGUGCCUCCCUGCCUACCUGGUAUGGUUGGCUGUGCGUCGGGAGAGGCGACGUUAAGUGUGCGGGGCGGCAGCGCCUUGCGCUUACCGGCCUCGGCAUCGUCCAUCUGCACAUACACACACACAUAUGCACCCACCAGACAGACGCACAGACGUCAGACACCAUUGCGCUGAAUGACUGGCUGACCGCCCUCACCUCUCUCUGUGUGGCGAAGUGUGGCUCCAGCACACAGCUAGAGGUCUUGGGCCACACCACAUCUGUGUGGAGACAGACAUGUCCCUCCUUGCGUGUGUGUGUGUGUGUGUGUGUGUACCUGUGAGGGCGUCUUUGGUCCUGAUGGCGUCGUCUUCGGUCUCAAACUGACACACAUGACACACAGACAGACACCCGUGUGUGUGUCGUUGAGGUGUGUGCGUCUUGGCCUCACCUCAACGAGGCAGUGUGUCUUGAUGGAAUCCAUCCAGAACCGCCGGAUGGUGCCCGUCUCCUCAAGGAGCGAACGAACAGACUGCGCACACAGAUCAUCACACACACCAGCAAGGAUGUCCGCCUUGCCAUGUGUGUGUGUGUGCGUUGACACCGACCUUCUCAGUGAAAGGCCGCACGAAGCCAUAGAUGACCAGACAGGGCGAAGGGACCCCCCUGGCCACCUCCACCUCCCUCUCCCCGUCAGCACCACCCCCGUCAUCAGCCCCGUUGGCACCACCAGCUGGUGUGGCCUCUCCUUCCUCCCUGCCGUUGACAUCGCCGUCAAUGGCAUGUCCUUUCAUCGCAACGUCCUCGGGCAGAAGUGCCCCGUCCUGCUGCUGCUGCUGCUGCUCGCCAGCUGCUUCUACUGCUGCUCGUGUUGGCUCUUGUCCGCCCUGCUCGUCCUGCUCUUGUUGGUGGCCGUUGUGGUUGUCGAGAGGCUCCUCGUGGUCGUGUUGGACGUGUGCAUCAUCAUCUGCUUGCAUCUGAUGCAUGUGCUGGUUGGCGUUGUCCUGGCCUGCCUCUCCUUCUUGGUGGUGGUCCAUGCUGUGUUCUGCUACUGCUCCUGCCGCCCUCAGACGCCUCCGUUGCUCGCCCGCAGCAGCGGUUUCAGG